UGAGGAUGUGGUGGAAAAUAUAAGCAGAAGUCAACUUGUGAAGAAGGGCCUAUGGGCAAGACAGAAAUAUCCAGUACAGAAACAUUUCUGGUUGUCACGUGGAAGAUGAUUGGAGGGGAAGGGUUAGGAGUCUACAGCAUAUAGGCCAGGGGAGAAACCAUGCAGGUCUGAACUUGAAGAGGCAGUGGGAUGGAGCAGCUGAGAAAUCCUUCCUAGCUGGCAAGAUCACCUGUUUCCUCCAUUGCCUCUGACCUUUGAGUAUAGCCCUUCCUGUUCCAGAAAGGGAGUGCCUUUGGCCUAGAUGGGAAUAACAGAUAAUUUGCUUGAACACCCCUUUUGUCAAUUGUGACUCUCCCUUUAGCAGUGAGACAAAGUGGAGGAAGUAGGAAGAAUCUCUGCAUGUCUAUACCUCUUCCACUUGAGUCCUGUCCUAUCCAGAGCAGGUGAAACCAGGCCACUGUCCUUUGCCCCAUUCUCUGCAGGUGGCCAGAAUGGAGCUGUGGCCCGGGGCAUGGACGGUGCUGCUGCUGCUGCUCUUGCUGCUUCUCUUCCUGCUGCCCACCCUGUGGUUCUGCAGCCCCAGUGCCAAGUAUUUCUUUAAGAUGGCCUUCUACAACGGUUGGAUCCUCUUCCUGGCUGUGCUUGCCAUCCCUGUGUGUGCCGUGCGAGGACGCAACGUUGAGAACAUGAAGAUCUUGCGUCUAAUGCUGCUCCACGUCAAAUACCUGUAUGGGAUCCGAGUGGAGGUGCGAGGGGCCCAUCACUUCCCUCCCUCACAGCCCUACGUUGUAGUCUCCAACCACCAGAGCUCCCUCGACCUGCUUGGAAUGAUGGAGGUACUGCCAGGCCGCUGUGUUCCCAUUGCCAAGCGUGAACUACUAUGGGCUGGCUCUGCUGGGCUGGCCUGCUGGCUGGCAGGAGUCAUCUUCAUUGACCGGAAGCGCACAGGGGAUGCUAUCAGUGUCAUGUCUGAGGUUGCCCAGACCCUGCUUACCCAGGACGUAAGAGUCUGGGUUUUUCCUGAGGGAACAAGAAAUCACAAUGGCUCCAUGCUGCCCUUCAAACGUGGCGCCUUCCAUCUUGCAGUACAGGCCCAGGUUCCCAUUGUCCCCAUAGUCAUGUCCUCCUAUCAAGACUUCUACUGCAAGAAGGAGCGCCGCUUCACCUCGGGGCGAUGUCAGGUACGGGUGCUGCCACCAGUGCCCACAGAAGGGCUGACACCAGAUGAUGUCCCUGCUCUGGCUGACAGAGUCCGGCACUCCAUGCUCACCAUUUUCCGGGAAAUCUCCACUGAUGGCCGGGGUGGUGGUGACUAUCUGAAGAAGCCUGGGGGAAUGGGCGAAGCCCGGCUGUGAGCUUCUCUCCCAUCUGUCCCCAUCUUCUGCCCCACACCUACCAACCCAUUGGCCCUAAAGCAGGGGCACUCUUCCUCAUUUCCUUUCUCCCCAUUCAUUCUCCUCUUCAGAAUCUUCAAAUUCUGAUGUGAAAGUACGUACAAUUGUCACUCCCUAUCCCUUCCUGGCCCCAUCCAGGGACUCUCCUGCCUAGGUGCAGUCUUCAUUCUGAUCCUCACCUCCUGCCAUCUUGUCUGUGGGAUAGUUGCCUCCCCUUCAACUUGAGUGGCUCAUUGUACACAAGGGUGGGGAAUAUUCCAUCCCAUCCCAUCCCCAGUGGACUCUUCCUUUGCUGUCUUCUCUCCCUCUCCAUCCCACAUUGGCCAGUAGACUCAUCCUGUCUGUGGAACAAUUCAUCCCCCCAUGCCUAAGUUCAUGGGUUCAGUGGACUGAUCCAUUUGUGGGGACAACUCCUCACUCUGGCUGGAAGCUGAUACCUGGAACACUCCUCCCAGGCUCAUCCUGGGAAUCUUCCUCAGCACCUUCAUCCUCCCUCCCCGUGGAGCCCCUAUCUGUAGGGGCUGGACUCUUCUAACUCAGAGGUCUCAUCCCUCCCUUGCCAAGAUGCCCAGGGUUGAGCACACACUCCUGGAUGCCAAUUUGGUCUCACAUUUCUGCUUCCCCCUGUCCCCAUGGUACAGUCCUUCAGUAGUCCUGAUCCAACCCAGUCCCCUAUUGUCCCCUGUACCAUCCCAACCAGACACAGGGGAAAGAGGCAGAUAUCAGAUUCUGCACUCACUGAACCCUGGGGAGUUGGGGAAAGGAACUGGACCCUGGCCAGAGGGGAGAGGAGGUUGUUUAAUUUAUUUCUUUCUUUUGAGGCUUCCCCCUCUCUGAGCCAGUUUUCAUUUCCUCCUGGUGGCAUCGGCCACUCCCUGCCUCCUACUCCAGUCCUGUUUCCUCAGCCCAGGAGGUGGGCUAGGAGCAAAAGGAGAGGCUGGCACCCAGUUUUUCAUGGUUGGUUUUUAUUAUCUGGAUAACAGCAAGCAACUGAAAAUAAAGAGAGAGAGAGA